AUGACGAACGAAAACAAAACCAAAUUCCCCGACACCCCACGUAGCCAGAAAUCCUUCGGACAGGAUAUUGGCAUCGUGCAGCUUCGGAAUCAGAUUGCGAGAGAAAUGGAUGGCGAAUUCAUAACCUGCCCCGUCGAGAGCUUCAUGGAAACCUAUCUCCCUUUCGUUCCAACCGAGAAGGAGACGCAAUACUUUGUUAAGAAGCUCUUAGAAGACAUUCCAACGGGACGUGGCGCAGGACCUUACGCUCUUCGCAGUGACACAGACCCGAUAUCAUCCGUUUUAACUGGCGACGAGACAAAUUUUGCUUUUCGGGCGUACCCGCCCAAGAAAAAAAUGGCAGUACUGACUGACAACGAAAUCGCUGUCUUUAAAGGGUGGGAAAAGAUCGCUGAGACCAUUGGGAAUAUCGACUACCCUGGACAGCGAAACCGUAACAAAUUCAGCUACGUGAACGUGCCAUACAAGCCGAUAGAUUCUCCCAAUCGCGGCUCCAACAACAAGAUCGAUGCCGCAUUCGUCGCAGCUUUCGAAAAGAACAAGCCGCUUCUGACUACGGACAUAGCAGUUGUAAUGGAACACAAGUUGUCAGAGUCGCAGAAACGGCAAAACGCUUUGCAAGCUGUAUCUGCCAAUGUUCAGAUCAUGAACGACGACGUCCGUCGUAUGUUUACUUUUGGGAUCACGGGCGAACAGCGCAACGUCACGCUGUGGUACCAUGGCCGCUCGCAUUCAGCCGCAUCGCAUACCUUCGACUUCACCGAGAAUCCCAAAUUAUUCAUUCAAGUCUUCAUUGCGUUUUCUUUCGCAACGGAGGAAGAACUUGGUUACGAUCCAACGGUGACGCUCGAAGCAGACGGGAAUUACAUGUUCAAGCUUCCCGAAUCACCAGGCAGCAAAAAGUUUCGUCUAUUUCGUACUUUGGAACCCUUAUCGCUAUAUCGCUCGAACAACAUCACUGGCCGCAUGGCGCGUGUUUAUAAAGUCGUCGAAAUCAACGAAAGUGGCGAGGAGUUUGGAGAUCCCCUCGUUCUGAAAGAUGUAUGGCUCGACAGCACUGCGGAGACCGAAAGGAAGAUACAGGACACCAUUUUUGGCGAUAUUGAACAAUUUUGGAAUAGUACGGACGAACCGACGGAACUCAAAGAGAUCAAAAAAGCCCACCAACAGAUUGUUCUUGAUGGAAGCUACAAGAAGUACUUUCUCGAAAUUGUCCUUGACCACAGUGGACAGUUAACCAAACUACGAGCAAAAGAUGGAACCCAAACAACAGAUCUACUCGCUGAGCCCGACCCUGCAUCACAUGUCCCACGAACCGGUACUAAAACUCAAAAAUCACAGCUGCAGAACGUCCAGGCAUCCGUCAACACUCAUCCCAUUGCUUCGAGAACACCAAAGCGUCCAGUAGUCCUGCGUGAAUAUUCACCAAAGAGGCAGUAUCGCGUUCUAUUCAAAGAGCUUUGUGAAACCGUUGGACGACUCGAAACCCUUGGAGAAGUUGUCAAUGUGCUCUAUCAAACACUCACCCCCCUUCAACUUUUAUUCUGUGCGGGAUGGGUCCAUAGGGACAUCAGUUCCGGAAACAUACUUGCAUUCAAGAAAAAUUUAGAGAGCAAGGGGGAGUGGUUUGCGAAGCUCUCUGACCUCGAAUAUGCCAAGAAAUUUCCUUUGCCAAACGCCUCAGCGCAUGCUGCAAAUCCAAAGACGGGAACUCCUUACUUUAUGCCUCUGGAGGUCAUGCUCUCAACUUAUCUCUUUUCUUCCGACCACGAUGAUACGAUAAGAGCGAAGGAACAUCUCCCCCCGUCGCCUGGUCUUGAAGGAAAUACACUUGAGAUUGACGAAUUACAGAUUGUGGCACAGGGCAUCGCCAAAUUUCAAAGAAAGGCUUUCGAAACUGCGACGGCCGAGCCGCCGGCUGGUGUCGCUCAUAACUUUCAGCACGAUCUAGAAUCAUUAUGGUGGAUUCUUCUUUGGAACGUAUGCUGCCGCCUCGACCCAGAACAAUCGACACCGUCUCUGCAGAAUUUUGGCAAGGCCAUUUUCAUAAAUGAGAUCAGGCCGACUGAUGCUCGAAUCCACUGCAUCACCAAAGCCACAUUCGGAGAAUCCAUGACGGUUAGCGCUCCAAAGUCAAUCUAUUCCUUUGUUGCUUCACUCUUCUUCUUGAGGCAGAAUCUCUACAGCGAAUAUGUCGAUCGUGGUCGCGAAGGCGCAUACAAUGAUGUUGGGUCAUAUGCCAAGAUCCACAACACAUUCUUCUACGUGUUUAAGCUGCUCAACAUACAGGCCACCGAGGCACUUGAUUCAGGCGCCGGGGACGGUAGAGAUUUGCAUUGGUCGGAGCUUCGUUUGCUGGUGAAGAAUCAUAGUAAUACGGCGGCAGAGGGAUCCAUCGUGGGUGAACCGGAGCGUAAGCGUCCUCGAUCCAACGAAGACCAUGUCGAUGCGAGGGCGGUCGAGAGUGAAGGCAGGCCCAACCCCAAGCAACCUAGAAAGAAGUGA